AUGCCUGCUUCAGAAGACAAGAGCGACGAUGGUCCCCUCAGUACCCCCGACUUUGGCGAUGCGAUUGACUCAGUCACCUUCGGUCAGAUCCUGGAGAUGGAUGAGGACGAGAAUGAUCGCGACUUCAGCCAGUCAAUCGUUUUUGGCUUCUUCGAGCAAGCAGAAGAGACCUUUGAGCAGAUGGACGAGGCCUUAGAGGAGAAGGAUCUCGAGAAGCUGUCAUCGCUCGGCCACUUCCUCAAAGGCUCUUCGGCCACGUUGGGACUCGUCAAGGUUAGAGACAGCUGCGAAAAGAUUCAACGUUACGGCAAGAAGGAAAACGAGGAUGGAACCGCAGAGCCGGACGAGAAGCUGUGCUUGGAGCGCAUUGAGAAGACGCUCAAGGACCUCAAGACGGAGUACGAGGACGCCGAGAAGCUUUUGAAGAAGUUCUUCGGCACCGAAGAAGAAGAAGAAGAAGAAGACUAA